UACUCGGUAAAUGCUUCUGCUAGCUAGCUAUGCGCUAGCAGUCUCCAGAACCAGUAUACUGUGCUGUACUAGUACUGUACCCUGGCCUUGCGCAGUGACAGACAGAGCUUGAUUGACUUACUUCGGUACUACUUGGGCUUAAUUGGUGCAGGUGUGACAAAUUGCAAUCGGGACAUUCGAAAAGAAGGAUCAAGGAGAGUCGAGUUGAAUUGUCCCUAUCUGAUUCAAAGUUAAAUUUCUAAGCUAAGGCAUCGUUUCUAAAAAUGUCGUCUUUGGAAGAGGGAUCAGGUUUUGGAGGUGAUGAGCGUUACUGUGUCGUUGGCUCUUUCCCACAGGAAUUUCAAUACUCUCAAGAAGGACAGAAUGGAGAGAUAAAGGUUCCAUCCUCGGAUGCUAGGCCAAGAAUAUUGCUCAUGGGGCUCAGGAGGAGUGGGAAGUCAUCGAUACAGAAAGUAGUUUUCCACAAGAUGUCCCCAAAUGAAACAUUAUUCCUGGAGAGCACAAAUAAGAUCGUUAAAGAUGACAUCAACAAUAGUUCAUUUGUCCAGUUUCAAAUUUGGGAUUUUCCCGGCCAGAUGGACUUCUUUGACCCAGCGUUCGAUUCUGAAAUGAUCUUUGGCACCUGUGAGGCACUCGUCUUCGUCAUUGAUGCACAGGAUGAUUACAUGGACGCACUCGCCAAGCUGCACGUGACUGUAUCAAGAGCGUACAAAGUCAACCCAAACAUCAAGUUCAAGGUGUUCAUUCACAAGGUGGAUGGCCUGUCAGAUGAUCACAAGAUUGAGACCCAACGAGACAUCCAUAGAAGAGCCAACGAGGAUCUGGCUGAUGCUGGGCUUGAGUGUAUUCACCUUAGCUUUUAUCUGACCAGCAUCUACGAUCACUCCAUCUUUGAAGCUUUCAGCAAGGUUGUUCAGAAGCUCAUUCCUCAGCUUCCUACACUGGAGAAUCUGCUCAACAUUCUUAUUUCAAAUUCUGGCAUUGAGAAGGCCUUUCUCUUUGAUGUUGUAAGUAAGAUCUACAUCGCUACCGAUAGCUCCCCCGUGGACAUGCAGUCAUAUGAAUUAUGCUGUGAUAUGAUUGAUGUUGUCAUCGAUGUUUCAUGUAUCUAUGGCAGUUUAGAAAGAGAGGAUGAUGGCAGUGCCUAUGAUUCUGAGUCUAGUUCGAUCAUCAAGCUGAAUAAUUCUACCGUUCUUUACCUGAAAGAAGUCAACAAAUUUCUUGCCCUGGUGUGUUUACUUAGAGAGGAUAACUUUGACAGGCAAGGUCUUAUCGACUACAACUUUCUUUGCUUCAAGAAUGCCAUCGAGGAAGUGUUUGCCAUCCGGGAGAAGGCCCAGGGAGUGGAGAGAGGGGCAGACUAUGCAGCCCUUACCAGUGACUCACUUGACAACCCCCAGUCAAAUGGACUCGUGGAAGCGAAAUCGUGAAAACAGUCGCUUCCUGGAAGAAAAAAAAUAGGACAAACUGAUGGUGUAGCCAUCAUUCUAUGUGGCUCUGAAGAUGCGAAAGACGUCAUGUUAGAGAUCCUUUGGAAAUCUUAAAAGCCAGUAGACAUCUUGGAACGAAGCGGAAGGAUAGGUUUGACUUGUGGAAAUCAUGAACUAUUAAAAUCCUGUAGCCGACACAAUCCUCUCAAUAUAAUAGCCAUCAGAUUAGUAUUCCAUAGAAAUGUUGAGAGAUUAAUAGACUUGUGAAGAGUCAUUGAUCAGUCUCUGGGUGAUCAGCAAUAUAGAGUCUUGGCCUGUUAAACUGGAGAGCAUUUCGUGAAAAAGUUACUUCUUUUCACUGACUUUUGUUUACUUCUUUUCACUAACAUUUGUUUAUAAGCUACUGAAAUGGUUGUAUCUAAUUGGCUUAGAACAAAUGACCAUCUGUUCAUUAAACUCUUUCCUGAUUUUUUUUUUUUUAGAAAGAAAUGACAAUGGUUUUCUGCAUGUUUUCUCUUUCUCUCAUACUUUGGUUAUAUGUCAAUAUUACCUAGAUCACUUAGUAAAAACAAAACUCUUCUCAUGUUAUAACUGCUAUGACGCUUUUAUUGCAAUUGUCCAAUUUACUUGUAUGAUUUGGUAGUUAACCGCAGAGAUAAUGCUGAUCUUUCCUUAACCCCUAUAGUUCUACAGAUUACAAAUUAUUUCUGUGUAAUUGUGUAAUAAUUCUUGGGUUCCUAAUUGCUUGAAGAAUUUGUGUCGUACAAAAACAAUUGCUCAAAUAUUUUGGCCCAAAUUCACAAAGGUGGUUUUGAAAACCCACUGUUAAAUCCAUGGUCUAUGCAGAUUUCCUGUAUAAAUUACGCUUAGUUUGGCGCGUGUAUAAAAAAUGUCCUAUGCUGAUGCGCGCUUUUGUCACAGUGCGCCAAAUUGACGCCUGUUACCAUGGUUAGAUACGCUAUUUUAUUCAUGAGUCCACUGUUUGAAGAGUGGACUCAUGAAUAAAAACAGUGGACUCAUGAAUAAAAUCGCGUGGAUAACCACGGCAACAGGCAUCAAUUUGGCGCACUGUGACAAAAGCUCACAUCAGCAUUGGACAUUUUUUAAUAUACGUGGUAAAAUAAGCGUAAUUUAUACAGGAAAUCUGCAUAAACCAUGGACUCAACCAUGGGUUUUAAAAACCACCUUUGUGAAUUCGGGCCAAUGUGGUUAGCAACAUGACAAAAGGACGUUAUGAUUUAUGUGUACCGUACAUCAGUCCUCAUUCUUGUACACCUGGCGGAUGGGCAUAAUGCUGGAGAUGUCUGAAAUAAACUUUUGUUUACAUUCAGUUAUGUCCUCGGAUCCAGCUGGUACAAAAAGGUAAAGGCUGUGCGUCCGAAGGAUUGAAAUGCUAAUUUUGGUGUCAAAGUUGUUAGAAAAUGUUUAAAUAUAUCUGUUUUAUUUCAGUUGGCUAAAAAUGCAAGAGAAAUGUAUGAGAAAUGUUCCUCAUGAUCAGUUUGUAUUUGUCUCUUCUCCUUGACAGUGUGAAUAUGAGCAUUUCUGCACAAACCGAUAUCUGCGAGCUUUUAAAUGGACAGUACUCACUCGAGAGUAAAAUUAUUCAAAUGGGAAAUGUUUUGUGGACAAGUCCACCAAAAAUAUUAGAUUAGUUGAACAAAUAGAGUAAAAUCUAAAAUUUGUCCAAAUCAAGUAGAAACUGAGGGAGUUUAGGAGUUUCAAAUUCAAAUUUUACCUCAUUUUGUAAAAAUGUGGUAUACAUUGCAUGGGCUGUAUUCCAAUAAGGGAAAUAAUGAUGGCAUAAAUUCAGUCUUUUCUCAUGUAUUCUCUUGUAUGAAGUGUCAAAUAGUUCCAAGAAUGUAAUCCCUGAUGUAAUUUGUAAGAUCAUUACUUUCGUAACAGAGUUUCAUUAUUCAAUUAAAUUGAAAAUGAUUAUCAGUAUAGAUUCAUGUACCUAAAUAUCUAACAUUUUUAACUUUUAAAGUAGCUUUUAAAGGGUGAAGAUGAAUAUAAAAGUUAAACCUUUCCAAUCUUGAAUAUAUUAAACUUAUUUUUUCUGAUAUAGUAUCUAUUUCAUUGCUCUAUUUACUUAGUUAUAUAUUAUCCUCUUUGUUUCUGUUGUGUUAUCACAUAUUUGCUUCAUGAAAUAUGAAUUGUAUAUCAAUGAAAUUGCCAUAUUAUUAUUAUUGCAUUUCUUGAAGUACGGUAAUUGUUGACACAUGAAAAAGGAAGUUUGAUGAAGUGAAGUAAUUUCAUUUUGUUGUAAUAUAUUCUGUAACAAAACUAAGUGGCCUUUCAGGAUUAAUAUCACUGACAUCAGACAUUCCUCCAAUCCUCCAAAAGUUUCAUUGGUUGCCAAUCCGGAAGCGUGUAGAAUUUAAAAUACUUCUUCUCACUUGGAAAGAUUCAAAUGGUAUGGCACCAAAAUAUUUACAAGACCUUGUCAUGCCCUAUUCACCAGCUCGUAGCCUGAGAUCAUCGCACCAGCAUCUUCUUAAAGGUCAAGUCAACCCCAGCAAAAUGUUGAUUUGAAUAAAUAGAAAAAAAUCAAACUAGCAUAACACUGAAAAUUUCAUCAAAAUCGGAUGAAAAAUAAGAAGUUAUGACAUUUUAAAGUUUCACUUGUUUUUCAAAAAACAGUGAUAUGCACAACUCAGUGACAUGCAAAUGAGUCAGUCGAUGAUGUCCAUCACUCACUAUUUCUUUUGUUUUUUAUUGUUUGAAUUAUACAAUAUUUCAUUUUUUAUAGAUUUGACCAUUGGGACUGACUUGACUGAAUCAUAUAAUAUUAAACAAUGCUAAUUUCACAUGUUCAGGGAGGAAUUAAUCACUGUUUCACUUGACAAUGAGGAGAAAAUUAGAAUUUUUCAUAUUUCAUAUAAUAAAAUACAAAAGAAAUAGUGAGUGGAUGAUGUCAUCAGUCUCCUCAUUUGCAUACCAACCAGGACAUGUGCAUAUAACUGUUUUGUGAAAUUAAGCGAAACUUUAAAAUGUCAUAACUUUCUUAAUUUACAUCCGAUCUUGAUGAAAUUUUCAGUUUACCGCUUGUUGGAUUUUUCUCUUUUUAUUCAAAUGAAUUGGGGUGGACUUGUCCUUUAAGACUGCCAAAACACAUGUAGCAUAUGGUGCACAAGCUUUUCUGCCCCAGCACCUAAUCUCUGAAAUAAUUUGCCGUUGAAUUUAUGAAUUACAUCAUCACUGGAAACCUUCAAAUCUAAACUGAAGUCUCAUUAGUUUUUGGCACUUUGACACUCAUCCAAACUCUCUCAUUUCUUUUUCUUGUGCGCCUUGGAAUAGAAUAUUUCUAGAUAGAUGCCAAUUUGCCAAUUUUAUUAUUAAUGCUACAUGUCACCCUUUGUGGGGUUGUCACAAACAUGUACACUCAGUUUUAUUUAUUUUGUUUGGAAUAUAAAUUGGAUAGUUUUUAAUAAUUCUUUUUUCUCUCUUUCUCUUGAGGUCCUGUGAAAUCUUUCAGAAUUUUUUAUUUGGGAUUUAAUGUUCAACAAACAAUUGGAACAUGAAAUGUACUCAAAGACCUUUAAAAUCAGUAUUUGAUCUUCAAGGAAUUAUUGUAGAUUUGGAAUAUUCAAUAAAGUUAUGUAGUUUUCAGUUGAAUGACCCUGGUGAAAUUUAUACUUUGGAAAGCACAUUCAGCAAUUGUUAUCUUGUAUUGAUAAUAUUCAUAAACAUCAAAUAAACAUAUAUAUAUAUAUAUAUUCUAGGAACUAUUAA